AUGACGACUAAAGUCACUGAAGCAAUGAAACAAAAGUUUUUGGUAGAAUACAUUAAAUCAGGAGCGGUUCCAGAAGGUUUUUACGUUCAUACUAUGAAGGACGGUAGAGUUCAGUUUAGAAAGAUAAAGCAACCAUUAGAUAAAGAAGGAAUUUUGAGAAAGAUUAAACUUCAUGAGGACAACAUUGCUGAACUUAAGAAGAAGCUUGAAGAGUUAUAA